UUCAGGGUAUUUUUGAAAUUUCAGUUACAGAACCCACACGGAGUAAUGUACCUCCCAUUUUAUGUUUCUAUGAUAUUACUAUUUUCGGGACGUGACUGAAGUUGAAGAUGCCUGUAAGAAAGCAAGAUGCUGACCGUGCUCUUGCCCUUCUGAAGCAAUAUCAUUUAAAACUGAACAAACCUGAUGAUAGUCAGCUAAGAGAUGCACUUGAAAAAGUCAUGGAUAUUUUUAGAAGUGAUUUAUUUUACGCUCUCUUAGAUAUUCACGAAUAUUAUGAACUGACUAUAAAAGAGUCUUCAAAACAUUUGGAUCAAUACUAUCAUCAGCAACCUGCUUCAAACAACUACGGCUCUAUUAGUGGAGUCAAGGAAGAUGGAAAUUUACCAACAGAAGAAUUCAGAACAAACCGUGAUCAUGUUCGGAGAGAAUAUCAGCUCAGUACCAGUGCCCUUACAAUGGAACAUAACCAGCAUGCUGGCAGUGAAUGUUCUUCACCAGAAUAUAAGGAUGGGCAACGGCAGAGUUCAAUUCAAACAAAACCUCUAAUUGAACCAAAUCAAUAUCAUCAGCAACCAUCUGAAUUUUUCACUGAACGUUAUCAAAAUGAAUAUCCUCAACAACCCCAAAGUUAUGCGCUGCCUUCUGCGGUUCCACAACAACAAAAUAUAGAAGAUCUUGUUUAUGUAUAUGACGACAUUACAUUGGAACGGGGGACGACUGGUCUUGGAUUUUCAAUAGCUGGCGGAAAAGACAAUCCGCUAGAGGGAGAUGACACAAGUAUAUAUAUUACUAAAAUUAUUCCUGGUGGAGCUGCUGCUGAAGACAGAAGACUCAGGAUAAACGAUGCAAUUCUAUCAGUAAACAACGUUGAUACGAUAGAUGUUUGUCAUGCGGAAGCCGUUCAUGCACUUAAAAUGGCUGGAUCAACAGUGAGAUUAAAAAUUCGAAGAAUACCGAAUCAACAACCAUUUAUAUUUGAAGAACCUGAUAUUCCCUUAAUGGAUAGUUGGAUUGAGAUCAAAUUAACAAAAGGAACAAAAGGUCUUGGGUUCAGUAUCGCCGGUGGCGUUGGAAACCAACAUAUCCCAGGUGAUAACGGAAUCUACGUCACUAAAAUUAUAGAAGGUGGAGCUGCGGAAGCUGAUGGUUGUUUGCAAGUUGGUGAUAAGAUUGUUGCGGUUGAUGGAAUUUCACUUUUUGAGGAAUCUCACGAAACAGCGGUUGCUAUUUUAAAAUCAACUCAAGACAUUGUUAAUUUAAGAAUAUUGCGGAAAACAGCCAGUCCUAUUCAACUCAUGCCUCAUAACGUUGUUAACUUGCCCACUGAAGUACAACACAACCGAUCACACAGACAUCAAGAAGAUUUGAGAUAUCAGGGUGAUCAACAAAACACACCAAGGUACGAAAACCAGGUCCCUCAAUAUCAACACGAACAACAAGAUCAUCAGCAAUUUGAUUCAUUAUACCCAACGCCAACAAAACAACACCAAUAUACUGAUCAUAUUUUAAACAACAAUCCACAUAAUGAAAUGAUGGGAGAGAGAAAUACUUUUAUAAAACCUUUGCAACAUGCAGUACAACUUUCUGAAAACGAAAACAAUACGUACAAUGCAGUAUAUCACAGGAAUGGAAAUAUUGUUGAUGAAAAUGAAAGUUUAUUGCAAAUCAAUGCUGGCUUUGUUGAUCCUGACUCAGAUGUGACUAGGGAAUCAAGGAAAGUGACAUUAAACAAAGCAUCUACUGGACUUGGAUUCAAUAUAGUUGGUGGAGAAGAGAACGAGGGAAUAUUCAUCUCAUGUAUUCAUCCUGGUGGUAUUGCUGAUAAUAGCGGACAAUUGUAUAGAGGAGAUAGAAUAUUUUCUGUGAAUGAUGUUGAUCUUUCUCUUGCUACUCACGAAGAAGCUGUAGCAGCAUUGAAGUCAUCAGGAAACAAUGUCACUAUAGUUGUUCAAUUCAGACCUGAAGAAUACAACGGUUUUGAAGAGAAGAUUCAAGAACUUCGAGAACAAAUAAUGAAUCAAUCAUUAAGUAGCGGAGGUGGAGGAAGUAUCUUAACAUCACAGAAGAAAACGUUAUAUGUUAGAUCAUUAUUUGAUUAUGAUUCCACAAGAGAUUCGGGAUUACCAGGAAAAGGUUUAUCAUUUCGUUAUGGCGAUGUUUUACAUGUUACAAAUGCAAGUGAUGAUGAAUGGUGGCAAGCGAGAAGGGUGGAGGGAGGCAGAGACAGCAAUGAAUUUGGAGUUGUACCAUCAAAACAAAGAGUAGAAAGAAAAGAGCGAGCAAGGUUAAAACAAGUUAAAUUUACACAAAAUCAGCCGAUGAAUAUUGACGGAAGGGAUUCAUUAAACAAUGUUAAGAGGAAGAAAAGUUUGUUAUUCAGCAGAAAAUUCCCAUUUUAUAAAAGCAAAGAAAAUCUUGAUGACGUCAGUGACCAAGAAAAUCACCUCGUUCAGAAUCAUCCAAGUGACAGUGAAACUAGUUUGAAAGAAGAAAAUAUAUUGUCCUAUGAAACAGUGGUGCAGAAAGAAUUAAAAUACACAAGGCCUGUUGUAAUACUUGGUCCGUUCAAAGACAGGAUAAAUGAUGACCUCAUUGCUGAGAAUGCAGAAAAAUUUGGAAGCUGCGUACCUCAUACAACGAGAGAGCGAAGAGAACAUGAAAACAGUGGACAGGAUUAUCAUUUUGUUACUUCUCGAGAACAAAUGGAAAAAGAUAUUCAAAACCACCUGUUUAUUGAAGCCGGUCAAUAUAAUGAAAAUCUUUAUGGUACAAGCGUUCAGUCUGUGAAAGAUGUCGCCGAAAAGAAAAAGCACUGCAUACUCGAUGUAUCAGGAAGCGCCAUCAAAAGACUGCAAGUUUCAGGUCUAUGGCCGAUUGCCAUUUUUAUCAAACCUAAAUCCGUACAAUGGUUAAUGGAAUUAAAUAAACGAUUGGUUGAAGAACAAGCCAAGAAAAUUUAUGAAAGAGCAGUUAAAUGUGAACAAGAAUUCGGAGAAUUUUUUACAGCCGUUGUACAAGGAGAGAGCAUAGAUCAUUUAUAUUCUAUAAUAAAAGAAGUUAUAAAUGAUCAAUCUGGGCCUACAGUGUGGAUUCCGAAAGAGAGUAAUAACGAGGCAUCAUAGCAGUUGGUCAAGGAGGCAACAGGAUGAAAUCUUGAUGUUGCUAAGUGCUGUCUGAACGAAAAGGUGAUACAGAAGAUUAUUUGAAGAUCAUCACCAAAAAGACCAACGGAUUAUUUGCCCUUGUGUGAUCAGCACUGGGUCGAUGCUGGUACAGUGGCCACCUAUCAUUAAUAGGGAUGUCCAGAGGCAUUGAAUCACAAAUAGUUAUAUAUUUUUAAAUAAAAGAUAGGGGCAUGUUUCCAUGGAGUAGAAUAGUUUGGAUAACAGUUUUAUGCUGAAAUCAGCAUACACCAUGUUAAGAGUUUGAAGUUGAAGAGUUUGAGUUUAAAAAUGUUUUAAAACAAAAAAAAUAUUUUAAAGAAAUUGUUAAUCAUGGUUACUGCUGUACAACUAAAAGCGUCUAUCAUGAUUUGUGUAAUUUUAUGAACCAAAUUUUUGUUAAAAAGUAUGUUAUGAACUUUCAUCAGAACUGGACAUCCCUAUAAUCUGCUCACAUAUCAAACUGCACGAAUCUGUAAAUCUGUCAAUAAUUUUUUUUUUAUUAAAUCAUAUUUUAGGUAUGGUCUUCUGACCACACAUUCUGUAGUUUAAUUUAGUAAAGUUAAUUUUAUUUUCAUUGCAAUUUAUGAAUUAUAUCUCAAACCACCUUACCUGCAAAAAACCUGUUCCUUCUCCCGACAUAUAUUUAAUUAAUUAUAGCGAUUUUAUCUAUUGUGAAAGCUAGAAUGUUACUGAUAUAGCAAUCGUUAGACCGUGUCACCUACUCAAGUAGUAAUUAACGGGUGUGAAUUAUAAUCUGCCUUCAUACUAACUUGAGUACAAUAACACUUUAAUUCGUAGCCUAAUAUCAUAAACGCAUUACUGUGGGUCGUGAGGUCAGAAUUGGUAUGUUUUCAUUUUGGUCUAAAUUAUGAAUUCCUUGAGACUUUCAUUGAUGAUGAAAGUAAGGAAGAUUCAAAACAGAAAUCAAAAAGCGUAAAGGUGUAGCAUUAUGUUACCAAAAUUUCUGAGUCAAAAUUGUUUUCAGCCUUAUAUGGAGCUUGCCCCGACUUCACAGUUCUGCCAAGAACUACUCUCAAAUAGGUCCACAGCAAUAAAAUUUGGGAUUCCCUGGCCAAAUUUAGUUACAUCUGUGCACAUGAAUUUGUCCAUUUAUAAACGUACAUCUAAUAACGUCAAACUUUUUUUUCUUGUUUAUAAGGUUUAAAAAAUGGUUAUAUUUUGGCUUCAGAAAAUCUAUUGGUAAUAAGUUAAUGUGAUGUCAAAAACAGUAUGGUUGAUCUGAACCUUUCAGUCAAGGAUUCAUUUCUGGUUGAAUAAUUCCCAUCAUGAACUGUCACAUCAUAGAAGUGCGAAGUGAACAACUAUCCUGUUUUCGUUUAGGUUUUACUGGUGCUCUAUAUUAUUUUUUUGUAUAUUCUUUUACUGGCUGCUUUAAAUCUUGUCCCGUUUCAUAUGAUUUUAGAAUCUAAUGUAACAAAUAUAUUGUUAUUAAAAAACAUAUCUUUGUAA